UUUUCCUAAAAUAUAAAUAAUGAAUGAGCUCAAUAUAUUGCAAAAGAUUGGUAAUGGUGCAUUUAGUUAAGUCUAUUUGGGCACAUACAAAAGUAGGUAAGUGGCAAUUAAGGUAAGUGUGGAGAAGUAAGUUAGGUGUUGGAUAAAUCAGUUCCCAGUUAUUGUGAAUUAUUUAAUCGUGAAGUAGAAAUACUAGAGUAAUUGUAACAUCCUAAUUUAGUGAAAUAUAUUGCAGUAUAUCUUUUAAUUAAUAUCUUAGAGUUAUGAAACAUUUGAUAAAUUAUAUAUCAUAAUGGAUUAUGUUGAAGGAUCUAAUUUGACUGAAUUAUGCAAAUAAAACUUAAGUGAAGACACUAUCAAAAGUAUAAUUAAAUAAUUACUUAUUGUUUUAACUUAUAUACACAAUAAAGACAUUACUCAUAGAGAUAUCAAGCCUGGUAAAUAGGAUUAUAAUAUUAGAUAACAUUUUGGUUGGAUUAGAUGGUAGAGUGAGAUUAAUAGAUUUUGGAUUAUCUUAAUAAUCUGAAUCUAAAAUCUCAUAUGAUAAAUGUGGAACUCUACUUUUUAUGGCUCCAGAAAUGAUAUUAAAAAUGCCAUAUCUUAAAAGUGUGGAUAUGUGGAGUAUAGGAAUUAUUCAAUUUCUUCUAUACGAAAGGAAACAUCCAUUUAAUUAUGAAAAUCUUAUUGAAAGCAUUUAGACAUAUAAUAUCAAUUUCACUAUCAUGGAUAAAUCAGCAUAGAAUUUUUUUAAAAAAUGUGCUGCAAUUAAUCCUGAAGCCAGAAUGUCUGCUGAACAAGCUCUUAUGCAUCCUUGGAUCACUGGAGAAGGAGAUCUUGGAUAACCAAUUACUAUUCAUGAUCGAAUGACCAUUUUCUAAAAUAAAUAAAAGUUAAUCUGUUUGAUAAAUGCACUAUCAUUUAUUAAAUAUUGCACAUCCUUUGUUAAAUCCAUUAGAUUAAUUAUUCCCUUAAAUUAACAAGUCUCUUAAACAGAUAUUACUUUAAGAUAAUAGAAUUAAGAUGCCACUCAAAGAAAAUCUACAUCUAGAAUCAAGUAAGCUAGAUCAACUAGUCAACUAUUCUUUGAAACUAAUGUUGCUAGUCCAUUGAAGAAAUAAUCUCCAUUUAGAAUUACUUAAUAAAGAUAAUCAUAAACUAGAAUGUUAUAAUAGUCAAAUUCUAUGCAAUUAGCUCAAAUGGCAAAAAGAGGAUCAUUAAAUAAAUUACCGUAUUUUUCUAUUUUAUAAGAAUUUUAGCCCACUUAAUUCUAGUAAUUCACCUAUAGAAAAGAGAAGAACUAAUAUCAGAAUGCGUUAACUUUGA